CUAAAGCUAAAUGAUAACAACGACUUUUUGUAAGAACGGGUGGGUCUCACUGUCCGGGGAAGAAGAAAAAGAGGAAAACAUAGCUUCAAAAAUGAGAGACAGAGGUUGAACUUACCUACGGAGAAUCGAAAAUUUCGAAAGAGAUUGAAUUUCAGGCCUGAGUUGGAUGAGUUGAAUCGGCGAGAAUGGGGGCGAGUCGGAAACUCCAGGGCGAGAUUGAUCGUGUUCUGAAGAAGGUUCAGGAAGGCGUCGAAGUCUUUGAUAGCAUCUGGAACAAGGUUUACGACACGGACAAUGCGAACCAGAAGGAGAAGUUCGAGGCUGACCUGAAGAAGGAGAUUAAGAAGCUGCAGAGGUACAGGGACCAGAUUAAGACUUGGAUUCAAUCCAGUGAAAUCAAAGAUAAGAAGGUAAGUGCCUCGUAUGAGCAGGCUUUGGUGGAUGCACGCAAGCUUAUUGAGCGUGAAAUGGAAAGAUUCAAGAUAUGUGAGAAGGAGACAAAGACAAAAGCAUUCUCUAAAGAAGGCUUAGGUCAACAACCUAAAACUGAUCCUAGAGAGAAGGCUAAAUCGGAGACAAGGGAUUGGUUGAACAAUGUGGUUGGGGAAUUAGAGUCUCAGAUCGAUAACUUUGAAGCUGAGCUUGAAGGACUUUCUGUAAAGAAAGGAAAGAACAAGCCACCCAGAUUGAUACAUCUAGAAACAUCAAUCACUCGGCACAAGGCUCAUGUAAAGAAAUGUGAAUUUAUCUUGAGGCUACUUGAUAAUGAUGAACUAAGUCCAGAGCAGGUGAAUGAUGUCAAAGAUUUCUUGGAUGACUAUGUAGAGCGUAAUCAGGAGGACUUUGAAGAAUUUAGUGAUGUUGAUGAGCUAUAUAGUUCAUUACCCCUAGAUAAGGUGGAGUCACUUGAAGAUAUUGUAACAAUUCCCCCUGGUCUUGCUAAGGUGGCACCUGUUCUUAGCUUGAAGCCUCUGCCAACAUCAGCUUCAGCAUCACAAACAUCUGAGCAAGCUGAUGAUACAGCUUCUCAGGAUAGCAAUUCUGAUGUUGGUGCAAGAACUCCACCUCCUAAAAGUAGUACAGUUAGUUCUACUGCAACAACACCAGUGGCGAAUUUUGCUACUCCUGUUUCUAUAAAUGUUAUGGUGCCUAACUUGUCAAGUCCACCGCCCAUUUCAUCUGUCACACCUGGUUCAAAUUCUCUUCGGAGUUCCUUGGAAGUUAGUAGUGCUGUCAAUGCUUCAUUUGUAAAUCAGUCUAGCACUGUGAAAGAGGAUGAUAUUAAUAGUUUCCCUGUCCGAAGACCAUCUCCAUCACUUUCUGAUGUUGCACUCAUAAGGAAUAUCGGCAGAAACAGCCUGUCAAAUCAAAUAACAAAUAACAUACCUGUUGUAUCUGGGAACAUGGUUUCCAGCAAUGGGCCCCUUGGUUCAGUUUCUUCAACUUCUGAAAUAACCAAGAGAAACAUAUUGGUUGCUGAUGAUAGACUCGGAAGCAAUGGGAUGGUGCCAACUCUCGUAUCCCCUUUAAGUAAUAGAAUGAUUAUUCCUCAGGUUGCAAGGGGUACUGAUGGAACAUCCUCAGUUGACUCUAGUAAUGCCAAUGAAGGUGCAACUUUGUCUGGGAGAGUUUUCUCCCCUUCUGCUAUUCCUGGCAUGCAGUGGAGACCUGGAAGCCCCUUCCAGAAUCAAAAUGACGUGGGUCAUGUUCGUGCAAGAACAGAAAUAGUUCCUGAUCAGAGGGAAAGAUAUUUACAGAAGUUCCAGCAAGUGCAACAAGGGCAAAGUGCCCUUCUUAAUAUGCCAUCUUAUACUGGAGGAAAUCACAAGCAGUUUUCUGCUCAACAACAAAAUCCUCUCUUACAGCAGUUCAAUUCUCAAGGCUCAUCUGUUGCUUCUCAAUCUGGUGUGGGACUUGGAGUCCAGUCUUCAGGUCUUAGUGGUAUUUCUUCCACCUCAUUACCACAGCCACCCAUUUCUGUAAAUUCCCCAUCUAGCCAACAAUCACUGCUGUCAGUUGUUUCUAAAGAUCCAGAUGUUGGCAAUUCUAAGGUUGACGAGUCACAGCAACAGAUUUUUCCUGAUGAUUCGGGGACUGACUCUACUGCCAGUACUGGAAUUAGCAAGAAUUUUAUGAACGAAGAUGAACUGAAAUCCACAUAUGCUAUAGACUCUCCGGCAGGAGUACCUGGAUCUCUUACAGAGCCUGUUCAGACUUCUAGGGGUAUUGAUUUGUCUCCCGGCCAACCUUUACAAUCAAAUCAGCGUACUGGUAACCUUGGUGUUAUAGGAAGAAAUUCUACUGACCUUGGACUUGUUGGUGACAACUUUAGUGCAUUCUCUGCAAAUUCUGGAGGAGUUCGUGAUCAGUUAUAUAAUUUACAGAUGCUUGAGGCAGCUCACCUCAAACUUCCGCAACCUAAGGACUCAGAACGUCUCAGGACCUACACUCCUUUUCCAUUUUUUCUGGUUAUGCAGAAACAUCCUACGAUAACUCCUCCUAGUUUUCCUCAAGUUCAGGCACCAAUUGUUAAUAAUCCAGCCUUUUGGGAGAGAGUGGGUCUAGAACCAUACGGUACCGAUACCCUGUUCUUUGCAUUUUACUAUCAACAGAAUACUUACCAACAAUAUAUGGCUGCAAAAGAGCUAAAGAAACAGUCUUGGAGAUAUCACCGCAAGUAUAACACAUGGUUUCAAAGGCACGAAGAGCCAAAAGUUGCAACAGAUGAAUAUGAGCAAGGAACAUAUGUGUACUUUGAUUUCCAUAUAGCAAAUGAUGACAUGCAACAUGGGUGGUGUCAAAGAAUCAAGACUGACUUCACUUUCGAAUAUAAUUACCUAGAAGAUGAGCCUAUUGUCUAGAAGAUUCCCGCUUGUAAAUAUGUGAUUUCAUGUUCUUGUUAGUUUUUGUGUAUCGAUAAACUAGAUUUGCCUUCCAAAGGAGGAAAAAUAUAUUUUGUAAAAGAGAACAGCGCAGAAUGUUGAAUAACAUUAAAUGUACAAGGUUUGUUUUCCGUGUA